UUUGAAAGAUGUCAUCUGAAGAGGAAACAGAUAUUAGUGAGUCAGAGAUGGAAGAAUGUGCUGAUAAAUGGUAUCAGAAGUUAAAGGAGGGUUAUGGGAGAGAAAAGAUUUCUGGUGAAGUUAACCAAUGUCCAUUCUGUCCUGGACAAAAGAAGCAGGCUUAUAGCUUCAAUGAUCUUGUCCAACAUUCUUCAGGAGUGAGCAAGGGUGGGUCACAACGCAGGAAAUUGAACGAUAAAGCGAAGCAUUUAGGCCUAACAAAUUACUUGAAGAACAAAGAUUCUCUUCAAGUGUCUGAUGAAAUGGAAACUGAAUUACAGCCAACAAAUGAUCAUGGAAAUGAUGUUGAUGAGAAAUAUGCAUUUCCUUGGAUGGGAAUUGUAGCAAAUCUUCCUGUUCAGUUGAAUGGUAGACGUUAUGUGGGAAAGAGUGGCUCAUGGCUGAGGAAUGAUUUGACAAAGAAAGGGUUUAAUCCAUUGAGGGUACAUCCAUUGUGGAACUAUAGGGGUCAUUCAGGGAAAGCGGUGGUCGAAUUUGGAAAUGAUUGGAAGGGAUUUGCUAAUGCAAUUAAGUUUCAGAAUAGCUAUGAAUCACAACAUCAAGGGAAGAAGGACUAUUUAGUUUCACAAUAUAAAGAAGAUAAAUUAUAUGGUUGGGUUGCAAAGGCUGAUGAUUACAAUUCAUCAGAUAUAAUUGGUGACUAUCUGCGAAAAAAUGGAGAUCUAAAAUCCAUCUCUGAGGUUGAGGCAGAAGAGAAGCGCAAAGCUGAUUCGCUUGUCUCUAGUCUGGCUAAUACAAUCGAGGCUAAACGUCAGAGCCUCAAGGAGAUAGAGAGCAAAUGCAAUGAAACUUCUAUGUGCCUAAGCAACGUGAUGAAUCAAAGAGAUGCAAUGAUCAAAAAAUAUAAUGAAGACUUCCAAAGGAUGGAGAAGAAUGCUCGUGAUCAACUCGAAAAGAUGUUAAAGAAUCAAGAGACAAGUAAAUUGUAUAUUGAAGCACGACGCAAAGAACUUGAGUUGCGUGAAAAGGAGUUGAUGGAAAGGGAGGCCUUCAAUGAUAAUCAGAGACAAGACCUUCAUUUGUUGAAGCAAAUGAAUGAGAGAGCAGCAGAGGAGCAAAAGAGGUAUGAUGAAAGUGUCUUGACUUUGGCAGAAGAACAGAAGAAGGCGAAAGAAACUCUCCGUCAGAAGAACAUGGAGUUUCAAAAGAAACUCGACUUAAAGCAAGCACUAGAGUUGGAGAUUGAACGUCUCACAGGGGCCAAGAAUGUAACUGAACAAAUGGGAGAUGACCAAGAGGUGAGGAAAAAAUUAGACGAGAUCGAAGAGAGCCUAAAUGAGAAAAAAGAAGAACUAGAAGAUCUUGAAGCUUUGAAUCAAGCUCUAGUUGUUAAAGAGCAGCAAGCAAAUGUUGAGUUAACAGAUGCCAGGAAGGAGCUGAUCGAUAAGCACCCUUUUCGAGCUUCCAUUGGUGUCAAGAGAAUGGGAGAACUUGAUAGUACAAGAUUUCGUGAGAUAACCAAGAGCAAAUUCCUUGGAACAGAUGCAAAUUUAAAAGCUACUCAGUUUUGCUCAAUGUGGGAGCAUCAUCUUGUGGAUCCCAAUUGGCAUCCUUUCAAAGAUGUAACAAGAGAAAAUGGUUCCAAGGAAACCAUCAUUGAUGAUAACGACGAAAGGCUGAACAGGUUGAAGCAUGAGUUUGGACAAGUGGCUUAUGAUUUGGUAACUGCUACUUUGAUGGAAAUGAAUGAAGGUCCCAGUGGUAGAUGCAUAACAACAGAGUUGUGGAACUAUAAGCUAGGAAGGAAAGCUACCCUCAAUGAAGGAAUAACAUUUGCUCUCCAGAAGUUGAAAACCAGUAAAGGGAAGAAGCAGCAUUAACUUUCAUGGUUAUAGUUUACGUACCAUUUUUCAAAUGGCAUGUUAUACCUUUUCUCUAUGGUGAUUACCUGUUUUAGACAAAAGAAAUUGAACCAUUUUAAGUAGGUUCCUUCAAAAGAAAGGAAUCCAAAGCACUUGCUGUAGAGAAUCCAAGAUUGUCUAUGGAACAGCAAAAGCAAAUGUGCACUUGAGUAGUAGUAGUAUCAAAGUAA